CAGUCUGUUAUCUUGUGUUUAUCUGCAAUUGUUGUAAGAAUUACCUGUCAGUGAAGCACAUCUCUGACAAACCAUGAAAGCUCAGACUAUUUUGUUUGUUGCUGUAGUUGUAGCAGCAACUCUUCUGACAGCAGACUGUCGCCAAGGGGGACAACAUGAUAGAAGGCCACCAGGACCUGGAGCUCCACCAUCCCAACCUAAAGUGCCACCAUCCCAACCUCCAGUCCCACCAUCCCAGCCUCCAUUCACAGGAAGCCCAGAGAGUCAUCCAGCUUGGCAGAACAGCAAUGAAGAUGUCAAGAGCAAUGAAAGUGGACCAGAACAACAAAGGCCCUAAAGGAAGCCACUCGGAAAUAACACUCAUCUUCUCAGCCAUCGUGUUACUUAUCUAGAGAGAUAAAUUAAAUGAAAAGUAUGUCUAGACAAUUAUGUACAAUUAGACUGAUACUUUAAAAUGCAAAUUGUUCCAUUUAAUACUUAAAAAAAUGAAAUAAAGUGUUUGCUAGCAAGC